AUGAACACUUUGUUCGUAGCUGUCUUUGCCUCUGUGGUUGUUUUCACGGCCGCUUCAGGACCUGGAGGAGUAAUUUUGAAAGGUCCAUCUGGUAUUGUGACAGAUGCCGGUCCUAUUGGACCCACUGGACCUGCAGGAGUUGGACUUGGGCAUGGUGCUAUCUUGGCCGCUCCAGCCAUCGCAGCGCCGGUCCCUAUUGCUGCUCCUGCCGGAAUUGUUGCUCCAGGUAUUGGACUUGGAGGUCUUGGAGGUCAUGGACUUGGAUUAGGCCUUGGAGGAGUAGGUCUUGGAGGAAUAGGUCUUGGAGGAAUAGGUCUUGGAGGAAUAGGUCUUGGAGGCGUAGGUCAUGGAGGCGUAGGUCUUGGUGGAGUAGGACUUGGUGGAUGGGGACUUGGUCAUGGUGCUGUCGUUGGUCUGGGAGGUGGUCUUAUCACCAACGGUGGUGGUACUAUUGGUGUAAGUGGACAUGGUGCCGUCGUGAGGGGGCCACCAACUGCUCCUGUCGUGGUUGCCGGACCAGCUGGCAAAGUAGCUGCCGAUGGUCUUUGGGGACCUACUUUAGCUCUUGGAGGAAAAGGAUGGUAGACUGCAAUACUAUAAUUUAUGUUUACCGUAGUCAAUGAUUACCUCGGAUUUGGGUGGCCUGAUCUGAAAAAUGUUGAAUUACAUUAAUUUAUUGGUUGUGUGAUUAGAUUAAGAAAAAUAGUUACCUGUAUAUAAGUUAGUUUAGUUCGGGUCUACCCAAAACUUUUUAUAAAGCAAAAUAUAAAAAAGAAAAAAAAAAUAAAUAA